AUGGCUAGACAAGUAACCAUUUUUCUAUGUCUUUUGAUUGUUGUCAUGGAUGUCACAGCUGGAAUUCUUGGAAUUGAGGCUGAAAUUGCUCAAAACAAGGUUAAACACUUGAGACUGUGGAUAUUUGAGUGUAGAGAUCCAAGCCAUAAGGCUUUCAUGCUUGGGUUAGGUGCAGCAAUACUUUUGUCUCUAGCCCAUGUUAUAGCCAAUUUGCUAGGUGGUUGCAAUUGUUUUUGUUCUCAAGAGCUUCAAAAGAAUUCUCCCAAUAGACAACUCUCAAUGGCUUGCCUCAUUUUAACAUGGAUUGUUUUGGCUGUUGGAUUGAGCAUGCUUGUGAUAGGGACUGCAACAAACAACAAAUCAAGGGGUUCUUGUGGUUUCACACACCAUCAUUUCCUAUCAAUUGGUGGAAUUUUGUGUUUUGUUCAUGGCUUAUUCUGUGUUGCUUAUUACGUUUCUGCCACUGCCUCUUAA